GUCUCCAUAGUGAGUUCUAGGACAGUCAAGGCUAUACAGAGAGACAAUGACUCAAAAACAUGCAGGGUUAAUAUUCUAAACAAUUUUGUACCAAUAAAGUUGAAAACUUAUAAAUCAUUAUUUAAACUAUGGUUUUCCAAAACUGAAGUAAGAAAAAAUAGAAAACCAAAAAAGGUUAACUAGCCUUUAAAAUAGUUUCAAAACAUAAAAUAUCUAAAAACAUCCUGGCCAAACCACUAUUGUAUAGAAAACUAUACAGCAUUUUUGGGAAAAAGCUAAGUCUAAAUAAAUUGAGUAAUACUCAUGCAAUAGUCACAAACUAAAAGAUUCAGCAGGUGAAAAUCAAUUUCUCCCCCAAUCAAUUAAUAAAAACAAUAAAAUCUUAAACAUUUCAGGUCUUUUCUUAAUAUAAAUGUCCUGUGGAAAUACAAACAAUAUAAUUUUAAUUUUUUUUAUUUUUAAAGAGGAUAAAAUUAAAGUUACUACAACGAAGGCAUAGUCCAUGGAACAAGAACUGAUAAUGUCGAAAACUCAAUCAAUCUUCUCUUCUGCAAAAUAUCCUAUGAAGAAAAUGAAAAGUCAAACUAUAGAUUGGAGAAAGGCUUCCAAAGUACAUAUUCUAGAAAGGAUGACUGUGUAUAAUAUACAGGAUUUCAAAGACUCAACAACAACAAAAACCAGUGGCACAUAAAAACGCUCUAAGUCACAUUAGCAGACAAGACACACAGAUGGUCAAUAAGUGUGAAAAAUGGUUACAAAUUGUAUGUCUUUCAAGAAAUGCUAAUUCAAAUAAUACCGAGACACCACAACACAGCUAUUAGAAUGUCCAAAUUGCAGAACACCAACAUCAUCAAAUGCUGAGAAGGGUGUGGAGCACCAGGAACUCUGAUUCUUGGGUGAUGGCAAUGAUAACUUUGGAAGACAGUUGGGUAGUGUCUUGCAACAUUGAGUGUACUCUUACUAUGUCAUCCACUAAUCAUGUUCCAUAGUACUCAUGCAAAGGAACUGAAAACGCAUCUACCCAAAAAUAUGAGCAUGAAUGCUUCUGGAAACUUCAUUCAUAAAUGUCAAAACUUAAAGUAAUGGAGAUUCCUCAGUAGGUCAAUGGAUAAAUGCAUUAUGGUAGAAGCAGAAAAUGAAAUGUUUAAUAUAAAAAAGGGCUAUUGCCUCAUGAAGAGGCCUUGCAAAGAUUUGAGUGCAUGUAGUAAGUGGAGUAAGACAAGCUGAAGAUUCUAUGAUCUUUGAUUCUUCCGUGACGUUUUGGAAAAGGGAAUAGCUGUAGUGACAGUAAAAACAUCAGUGAUUUCCUGAUUUCAGGAGAGGCAGGGAGAAACACAUAGAUGUAAAGGAUUUGGAGGUCAAGAGUCUACUCUAUUUGAUACUCUAACAGUAUGGACACACCAGGAUAAGUUAUCCAAAUCUACAGAAUGUACAACAUUAAAAGGAAAACCUAGUCUACAAUUUGGGCUUGGUGAUAAAGAUGUGAAAAUGGAGACUGGAGAAAUUGCUCAGAGGAUAAGAGCACUUGGUGUUCUUCCAAAGGACUAAGUUCAAUUCCUAGCACCUACAGCAUGUCAACCCAAGCUCCAGGGAAUCUAGCACCCUUUUCUGACAUCCACAGGCACCUACAUAUGAUUGGCAUACACUCACACAGGUGUACACAUGAGUAAAAUAAAAAUAAAUCCCGUUUUUAAAAGAUCUGUUAGCAAGCUGGUCAUGGUGGCACACACUUCUAAUCUCAGCACUUGGGAGGCAGAGGCAAGUGGAUCUCUAUGAGGCUGAGGCCAGCCUGGUCUACAUAGUAAGUUUCAGGACAGCCAGAGCUACACAAUGAAACACUGUCUCAAAAACAAAAACAAAAACAAACAAACAAAAGAUGUGUUAGCUGGGUGCAGUCCUUUAAUCCCAGCACUAGAGACAGAGGCAGGAGGAUCCUUGAUUUUAAGGACAGACUGGUAUACAGAAUGAGUUCCAGGACAGCCAGGGCUACACAGAGAAACCUUGUCUCUAAAAAUAAACAAAAAAAUGAUAUGUUAAUAUAGAUUUAUCAAAGACAGCAAAUGUACAACUUUAGGGUAUUAAUAACAUGGAAGGCUGUGUAUAUUUGUGGCCAAGAGAAUAUGGAAAAUUUCUGUGGCUUCUAAUAAUUUUCCCAUGCAUAUGAAAUUUGCAAUACAUAUAUCUGGAAAAGGGUUAUGCUCAGAGUACACAGGAUUCUAUCUAUCUAUCUAUCUAUCUAUCUAUCUAUCUAUCUAUCUAUCUUUCUCUCUCCCUCUACCUUUUUAGAUAGAGUCUUACUUUGUAGCUCUGGCUGUCCUGAAACUCAAUACGUAGACCAGGUUGACCUCAAACUCACAGAGAUCUGUCUUCCUCUGACUCCCAAGUGCUGGGAUGCCUUCAGUCAUGCACCACUGUGCCUGUCUUCAGAAGAUUAUUUCUGCAGGCAAAUGUUCCAAAUAGAAAAUUAUGUAAAAGACCUGAAUACUGCUUUCAAAAAAAUGUAUCACAUGAAAAAAAUCCAUGUGAAUAUGUAGAUAAUUUCAUUAUCACCAGAGAAAUGCUAAUUAAACAUAUAAUAUGGUAUCAUCACUUGCUCAACAAAGUGGUUAAAACUGAAAUGAUAACAGAAAAUGCUGACAAGACCAUAGAGCAACUGGAACUCCCAUUCUAUCGCUUUUUGCUUAAGUUUUACUGUGCUGUGAAUCAAUCUUGAGUAUGCCAGACAAGGGGUCUACAAUUGAGAUGUCUCUAUCCUUUGGAAUGCUCUGCCUUUGGACUUGAAACCUCCCUUCUGUGACUUACCAUGGCUGAGAUUACAGACACAUGCCACCAUGGCUGGAACAGUAAAACUACAUUUUUGAUUUUUAAAAAAAUCUUACAAUCUAGGCUAAAUCUCAGUGUUUUUUCUCAAUUAUCACAUUUUAAUGCACAGUAAUCCAAGCAUUCAAAAUACAUACAUAUUACAGCAAAAUGGCAUAUACAGUAAUGUUCAUAGUAUUACUCUUCAACAAAGUUCAAAACUGAAAACAUAGUUCACUGGCAGGGGUAGACUCAAUGAUUCAAGGCACACUUCUCCAGAGGAGAAAUAUAAAAUAAUGAGAAGAAAAUUAGUUAGGAAACUCAUCACAUAUCAGCUUCACAAAGUCAGUGCUGAAUGACAGACAACCAGCACAAGAGAAAAAUACUGUACAAACACAUUUCAUAAAGGUUAUAACAAAUAUAGAAUAAUGUGCAAUGAUAACAGUCAAUAUGCUGUUUUGUAGAGAGUUGGUCACAAAAUAAUGGAGAGAGGGAGCAUGGUAUGAUUUUGUAGAUUUUAGUUUUUUCUUUAGGUUCUGCUUAUAGAAACAUACUAACCAUGGAAAAUGUUCCUGUUGUGUCCCUUCUGAACAUAUGUUCCAUGUUAAAACAAAAUUAAAUUGUACAAAAUUCAAUUUUUUUCUGUAUAAAAUUAAUUAAAUACCAUUCAAUUUAAUAAAUUAUACACCCAUCAAAAGGUUUUUCACCUUCUCAAAAGAAUUUUAUUAAGAUUACUAGACCACAUUAAUGUACUAUAUAAUACAUAUACAUUAACUUAAGUGUAACUCAGCAAAGGUACGCUUAGCACCACUAAUACUUAAGAUCUGACAUGAACUAGAGGGUACAGCUGUAUCUCAAAAGCAGGGUUAGAAUUUGGAAGGACAGAACUAUAAGCAAUUGUGAAAAUGGACACCUGGUGGCGCUGUUGACUAAGAGUAAAAAUGAAGAGCUCUGCAGAUGCCCAGGAAAGCUGAAAAUCAGAACUCUGUCUGCCCCCCAGAAGGAGAAGGUAUGGAAGUGUGAUCUAGGGGAGAUGUCCCCAGGAACAAUAAAGCGUUGAAGAAAAUUUAAUUCGAGGUUGUAUCUCCAAACCUUACCUAAGUGGAUUAUAAUCGACUGGAAGAAGCAGCGCCCUCUGGACUGAAUCUGAACAAUGGAGACAGCUCAAGCAAAAACGCCAGAAAAAAGGCAAGUCGUUUUUCUUACUAUAUUGCUGCUUUUGUGGGAGGCUGGCACUGAAGCGAUUAGAUAUUCCAUGCCAGAAGAAACGGAGAGUGGCUACUUGGUGGCUAACCUGGCAAAAGAUCUGGGGCUCAGGGUCGGGGAACUGGCCACCAGAGGGGCGCGAAUCCAUCACAAAGGAAACAAAGAACUCUUGCAGCUGGAUGCAGAGACCGGGAAUUUGCUUCUGAGGGAAAAACUAGAUCGUGAGGUGCUGUGUGGGGUGACAGACCCCUGUGUGCUGCACUUCCAGCUCAUUCUGGAAAACCCUGUGCAGUUCUUCCAAACUGACCUGCAGAUCACAGACAUAAACGACCAUUCUCCAGAGUUCCCUCACAGGGAAAUGCUCCUAAAAAUCACUGAAAGCGCCCAGCCAGGGACUGUGUUUCCUCUGAAGGCAGCUCAGGACUCUGACAUAGGGAACAAUGCUGUUCAGAACUACACAGUCAGUCCCAACCUCCAUUUCCAUGUGGUUACUCAGAGUCGCGCUGAUGGCAGCAAAUACCCUGAGCUGGUGCUGGACAGAGCCCUGGACAGGGAGGAGCAGCCUGAGCUCACUUUAACCCUCACUGCUGUGGAUGGUGGGUCUCCUCCCAGGUCUGGGACCACCAUAGUUCGCAUUGAAGUCAUGGACAUAAAUGAUAACGCCCCCCAGUUUGUACAGUCGCUCUAUGAGGUUCAGAUUCCUGAGAACAGCCCCGUUGAUGCUGUAGUUUUGACAGUCUCUGCCAGGGAUUUAGAUGAGGGGAUACAUGGGAAUAUUGCCUACUCUCUGUUUCAAGGGAGUGGAGUUUCUCAACCAUUUGUAAUAGAUGAGGUCACAGGAGAAAUUCGUCUUAAAAGGGUAUUGGAUUUUGAGGCAACAACUUAUUAUAACAUGGAAAUUGUAGCCACAGACAGUGGUGGCUUUUCAGGAAAAUGCAGUGUCCUUGUUGCAGUGGUGGAUGUGAAUGACAAUGCCCCUACACUCACCAUAUCCUCGCUCACUACUUCCAUCCCAGAAAAUGCUCCUGAAGCUGUAGUUGCUGUUUUCCGUGUUUCUGAUCCAGACUCUGGGGACAAUGGAAGGAUGGUGUGUUCUAUUCAGAACAAUCUCCCAUUUCUUUUAAAGCCCACAUUCGAGAACUAUUACACUUUAGUGACAGAGGGACCCCUAGACAGAGAGAGCAGAGCUGAGUAUAACAUCACCAUCACAGUCACUGAUCAGGGCACACCCAGGCUCACAACACAGCACACCAUAACAGUUCAGGUGUCUGACGUCAACGACAACGCCCCCGCCUUCACACAAACCUCCUACACACUCUUUGUCCCGGAGAACAACAGCCCCGCCCUGCACAUAGGCACCAUCAGUGCCACAGACUCAGACUCAGGCUCCAAUGCCCACAUCACCUACUCUCUGCUGCCCACCCACGACCCGCAGCUGGCCCUCACCUCGCUCAUUUCCAUCAACGCCGAAAACGGGCAGCUGUUCGCGCUCAGGGCCCUGGACUACGAGGCCCUGCAGACCUUCGAGUUCCACGUGGGCGCCACAGACCAAGGCUCUCCUGCGCUCAGCAGCCAGGCGCUGGUGCGAGUGCUGGUGCUGGACGCCAACGACAAUGCGCCCUUCGUGCUCUACCCGCUGCAGAACGCCUCUGCACCCUGCACAGAGCUGCUGCCCAGGGCGGCAGAGCCAGGAUACCUGGUCACCAAGGUGGUGGCAGUGGACCGCGACUCUGGACAGAAUGCCUGGCUGUCCUUCCAGCUGCUCAAGGCCACAGAGCCCGGGCUGUUCAGCGUGUGGGCUCACAAUGGCGAGGUGCGCACCUCCAGGCUGCUGAGUGAGCGAGAUGCUCCCAAGCACAGGCUGCUGCUGCUGGUCAAGGACAAUGGAGAUCCUCCAAGGUCUGCCAGUGUCACUCUGCAUGUGCUGCUGGUGGAUGGCUUCUCUCAGCCCUACCUGCCUCUGCCAGAGGUGGCGCGCGCCCCCGCCCAGGAUGAGGACGCGCUCACACUGUACCUGGUCAUUGCCUUGGCUUCUGUGUCUUCCCUCUUCCUCUUGUCUGUGCUGCUGUUUGUGGGGGUGAGGCUGUGCAGGAGGGCCAGGGCGGCCUCUCUGGGUGGCUGCUCUGUGCCUGAGGGACACUUUCCUGGCCACCUGGUGGACGUCAGUGGCACUGGGACCCUGUCCCAGAGCUACCAGUAUGAGGUGUGUCUGAGGGGAGACUCUGGGACAGGUGAGUUCAAAUUUCUCAAACCCAUGGUCCCCAACUUGUUUCAGGAUGCUGGGAGAGAAGUUAAGGGAAGUCCCCACUGCAGGGACAGCUUUGUAUUCAGUUAACUUUUGUGUUUGGUUCAGUGAAUUUAGUUUUGGUAAAUCUAUAGCAAUUUGGUUCUCUUAAGAAAGUGAAUCAUUUUCUCCAAGUAUUGACAUUGUAAUCGAAGCAUAUGCAUGUCCUCCAUUACCGAUUUUUUUUUUACUUUCUUGCCAUCUGCUGUACUUAGAAGUUUCAGGUGUGAUGAAUAUUAAGAACACAAUUUCAACUUAUAUUUUACUUUAGCUCAAGUAUUGCACAACAAUUACAAGCAUUUUAGUUAACCUGUUUUGGGUUUUUGUUGGUUGGUUGGGUUGGUUGGGCUUUUUGUUUGUUUGUUUGUUUUUUGUUCUUGACAUAGUAUGUCUGUAUGUAGCUCUGGCUGUCCUAGAACUCACUAUGUAGACCAGGGUGGCCUCAAACUGAUAGACAUCCAUCUUCUCUUGAGAGCUCUCAAAUGCCAGCAGCUUUAUUAUUUUUACCAGAUAAUUUCAAGUUUUUAUGGCCAAAGUGUUCACAUAGUUUCAACUUCAUUUUGUUGCUAUUGGAUAUUAAAUAUAGGACCUCAUACCUGCUAACCAUAUAUUCUGAUAGAAUGAGCUUCACUCACAGUUGAAGUUGCUCAUAGUUACCUUGAGCAGCCAUGAGCAUAACAAUUUGCAUACUUGUCUUCAAAUUAUAAACAUUCACUUAUUAAAAUAAUAAGACAUAAUUUGUAUUGCAUAAUACAGAAAUUAUUGGUUUUUAAUUGAACUCUAAUCCUUUUUCAUCUUAUGUGAACCACACAUGCUAGAGGUUGUCUGCAUUGUUUGUCCACCACAUACCUAGCACACUGUUCCUUAAAUAUUAAUUUUAACAAUCUCAUUUAUAAAUAUUAAAGGGAUAACCUUA